GAAGGUGAGAGAGAGAGGUCCAUUUUCGUCACCGGAGAGGGAGGAAAUUUAAUGGCGGCGAUGUUAAUCGGCCGAGCUUUUAAAUCGGUCAGAAGCUCUAAUCUGACCGUUCGUGCUCGAUCCUUAUGUACGACAUCUGCCGCUCGUCAACCCGAUUCCGAUACUUCGUCUUCGUUCACGUUCGAGAAAGAAAAUGAGAAACCCAUCUUAGUGAAAGCUCCGAACACUCGCCGGAAAAAUGAAUCGGAUUCAGUGACGAUGCCGACGUCUUUUAUGACCGGUUCGAUCGUUGGUAAGAGGUUUUACAAGAACGUGACGACGAGGGAAGCUGAUGAUGGGAAUGGUUGGACUGUGAUGCUCGAUUACAGAACCUUGAAAACCCCUUCCAAGAGACCUCUCAAGCUUCGUUCUUUGGCUCUCGCUAAGGCCAUUGCAGCUGAAUGGGAGUAUCAGCUAACAGAAGGGAUCAGACCAUUCACAAUGCCGCUCAUGAGACUAGCAUGUACUGCACUUGAAAGAGUUCCUCUUACCCGUUCGAAGAUCAUAGAACAUCUAUCGAGAAAGUUACAUCAAGAUCUCGUCUUUUUCCGAGCGCCUGAAGAUAAUGAUCUAACUAGUGAUGUCCAUGACAUUCAGGUAGAGAGGAUUGAUCCUCUAAUUGAGUGGGUAGAAUCAGAGUUUGGGGUGAAACCGAAAGUGUAUUCUAGUAUCUUUGGGGGUAAACAAGACGACAAGCUAGUGAAAGCAGUAGAAGAUCUGCUCAAGAAGACAAGUGACGGUGAACUUGCAAGCAUUGAUGCACUCCAAGCAUCAGCUCACUCGAUAGUUAUUGCUCUUGGCAUCUUCCGUGGGAAAUUGCAGAUCGAUGAUGCAAUCAAAUUGAUUCGACUUGAAGAAGAUUUACAGGUGAACAAAUGGGGACUAGUGGAAGGUGGGCACGACAUUGAUAUUGCUGAUCUCAAAGUUCAGAUUGCAUCAGCUACAGUGUUUCUGGCUCUAUCUCGUGAAAGCUAAUCACCAGUCUCUCCUUUUUUGCUCAACACAUUUUUUUGAAGAAGGCUUAUCUUUUAAGCAAAUCUGUUUGUAGAAUAGAUAAUUUAUCUUCCAAAUUCCAAGAGAUAAAAUGUAAACAUUUUGUCACCUCUAUUCACCAAUAAAGCAAAACUCAAAACCGUUUGUAUUAAA